AUACUUACAUCAGUUAUGCUAUUUUCAUUUUUAAUGUUAAAAGUAGUUAAUUUUGGUUUAAAAACUGCACAUAUAUUAUGCAGAUCCUCUCCAAGUGGGAUAGUUCUGUGUUUCUGCCAUGGGAGCAGGUGGUCGAAGGUUGUUUUGAUGAGGUUACAAAGCUCCUCCCCUCUUUCCCCAAGCAGCAGUCCAAUGUACGUCAGCAGUAAUUGUAUGCCUUACACUGCUGUACAGUGAGGGUGAGUGUAAAAGACAUAUCAAAAAGAGGUAUCAAACUGAGACCUAGAUCUUCCUUUGCAAUGAUUGCUCAUUUCCAUGAGCCAUGUUUGGGAUAAAGGUUACAACUUACACAUUCUCACAUAUUUAUUUUCUUGGUUUCAUAUCCUUCCUAUCAACAGAAACUGGAUUGGGGAUAUAGUUGUUAUGAAGACUAUUUCUUUUUCUUUUUUCCUCUUCUUUAUUUUUCCACUGGAUUAUUUGCUAAUCAGACUUCAGUGCAGUCAAGAUAAAAGAGAGAAAAUCUGUUGCCUAAAUAGGAGGCUUUUAAUGAGGAUGUGAGCCCCUGGGAGCUGGAUUCAGAAGUAGAACGAUGCUGCCUGCUGUUCCUCUUGUCAUUUCUUCAGUUGCUUCUUUUCCCUUUUCCAAUGGGCCUAGUAAGCAGGAACUAUCCAAGGUACUAGGAUGCUGGAAGCUUUGCUUUUGAAUGCAGACGGUUUGCAGACACAGAGAAGAAACAGAUUACUGCUUAUUUCAGAAGAAUCUAUUCAAAUGAGGCACCUUAGCAAACCCGGGUGAUUGCAUUUGGUAUUGUAAUCAUCUAUGUGGCAAAGUGGGUAAAAAUCAUCCAGUUUCUUCUCUGCUGGACCUCAAAUCAGAGGGCUGUGUGGGUGUACCCAUCCAUUAGCUAUGCCCUCUUUUCUCUGAGUGUUGAUUUAAAGAAGCAAGUACCUGUCUUCUUUUGCCGCGGCAUUUUACCGGGAAAACUUUAAAGGCUAUUCUACCUGAUAGGAAGAAGAUCAAUAAAACACUGAUCUCUAGUGAUGAAGAAUCUGAUACUAUGGACACUUUUGCCAUCCAGAUAUAAUGCACUUUAACUGAAGAACAAACUGAGCUGUACUACAAGUCUGUUUCUUUUGGUGCUGGAAUACUCCUGCAGACUGCACUGAGAUAAAGCACGGGAAAGGGCUUUGACAGACACAAGUCACCUUUUGAUUAUUGCACUUAGCUAUCCCUGGGGACUUAAAUUUUGGAAACUGUAUCUUCCUUUUUAACAUGAUCUCCUGCAAGAUGAUGGGUUCUAAUUCAGAGGAAGACACUUUGGAUGCUUUUCUUCAGUAUAUAGAAGAUAUGGGAAUGAAGGCUUAUGAUGGCUUGGUUAUUCAGAAUGCAUCAGACAUUGCUCGAGAGAAUGAUCGCUUACGGAAUGAAACAAACCUGGCUUACUUGAAAGAAAAGAAUGAAAAACGUCGCAAACAAGAAGAAGCAAUAAAACGCAUAGGUGGAGAAGUCGGGAGAGGACACGAAGGAAGCUACGUGGGCAAACAUUUCCGAAUGGGAUUUAUGACCAUGCCUGCUCCUCAAGACAGACUUCCUCAUCCUUGCUCAAGUGGCUUUUCUGUGAGAUCCCAAUCCCUUCACUCAGUAGGAGGCACAGAUGAUGACAGCAGCUGUGGUUCUCGGAGACAGCCUCCACCAAAGCCAAAGCGGGACCCCAGUACAAAGCUGAGCACUUCAUCAGAGACCGUCAAUACCACAGCCACGGGUAAAAGCGUCAGACUCCCUGAGAGAACUGAAGGGCCAACCAAGCCCAGACCCCACAGUGAUGAAUAUUCCAAGAAGAUUCCUCCUCCUAAACCUAAGCGAAAUCCAAAUACCCAGCUAAGCACAUCUUUUGAUGAAACCUAUAUUAAAAAGCAUGGGCCUACAAAGACUUCGCUGACACGGGACACAUCCUUGUCACAGGUGAGCAGUCCUGCUCUUGAUGCUGAGGAAGAGGAGCCUGUGUAUAUUGAAAUGGUGGGGAAUAUUUUAAGAGACUUCAAAAAAGAGGAAGAUGACCAAAGUGAGGCAGUUUAUGAGGAAAUGAAAUAUCCUAUUUUUGAUGAUGUCGGCCAAGAGUCAAAAUGCGAAUUUGACCAUCACAGCUGCUCUUCUCAGUGUGCUACGCCCACAGUGCCUGACUUAGACUUCGCCAAGUCCUCAGUGCCAUGUACUCCAAAGGGUUUGCUUUGUGAUAUCCCCCCUCCCUUUCCAAACUUACUGUCUCAUAGACCCCCCUUGUUGGUAUUCCCACCAGCACCUGUCCAGUGUUCCCCCAAUUCUGAUGAGUCACCUUUAACUCCGCUUGAGGUCACAAAGCUUCCUGUGUUGGAAAAUGUGUCUUACAUCAAACAGCAGGCUGGAGCAUCUCCAUCAUCACUGCCAUCUCAUACCUCCGGUCAUCCCAAAUCAGAGAAAGACCAGACAACAGCUCAUGGACCAUCUUCCUCUUCUGUUCAUUCUUCAUCACCUCCCCAUCCUUCCACUUUAUAUAGAACGCCAUCUCCACAUGGAUAUCCUAAAAGUCACUCUGCUUCACCUUCUCCUGUUAGUAUGGGGAGAUCACUUACCCCCUUAAGCCUCAAAAGACCACCACCCUAUGAAUCUUUGCAUUCAGGAAGCAUCUCAGUAAGCUCUCCAUCAGUGCCUCAUUGUACAGCCAGAAACACAUUACAGGAAGGAGGGAAGAUGGUAAAUGCCUCUGUCAAUACCUAUGGGUCAUCUCAGAGUGGCUCCCGCUCCAGAACUCCCACAAGUCCUUUAGAAGAGCUCACCAGCCUCUUUACCUCAGGACGAAGCUUGCUGAGGAAGUCCUCCAGUGGAAGAAGAUCAAAAGAACCUGCAGAGAAACCAACAGAUGAGUUGAAAAUAAGAAGCCACAGUACAGAACCACUACCAAAGCUGGAAAACAAAGAGAGAGGUCAUCACAGGUCAUCUUCCUCUAGAGAGCCAAUAAAAGCUCAGGAAUGGGAUGGAACACCAGGACCACCAGUAACAUCAAGUAGACUGGGAAGAUCCUCUGUUAGUCCAACCUUGUUAGCAGGCAACAGCAGCUCAGAGCCUAAAGUAAGCUGCAGAUUAGGUCGGUCUGCAUCCACAUCAGGUGUGCCUCCUCCAUCAGUUACUCCCCUCAGGCAAGCCAGUGAUCUGCAACAGAGCCAGGUGGCAUGCAUGCAAUGGUUGCAUGGAGACCAUACAAUGAUGGAGAUGAUUGAGAAAAAGCGCUGUUUGUGCAAAGAAAUCAAGGCAAGACAGAAAACGGAAAAAGGUCUUUGCAAACAAGACAGCAUGCCAAUUUUACCAAGUUGGAAGAAGAAUACAGGGACAAAGAAGUACAGUCCUCCACCAUAUUCUAAACAACAAACAGUGUUUUGGGAUACUGCGAUAUGACAAAGUGUGAGAUGCUAAACUCCAUAAGACUAUUAUUUCACUUGUAUGCGAGGAAAUGUUCAGCAGGUUAGUUUAAGAGAGUAUUUGUCAACAUGUUACAUCUUCUUUACUAGUGAAAAAAUGGCAUCCUCGGAAUGCCUUAGAAUGUGUCCUUGGAAAUCCAUGUUAAGUUGUGCUUACUUAAUACAAGUCCAAGGCAUGUUAACUUUACCAACAAAUUGAGAUAAAUGUGUUUAAGGAUUUUUUUUAAUCCAAAAGAUAUUUAAAAUGUAAAUAUUUUACUAGUCUAUUGAAAGAAAACACCUGAAAUAGUACACAUAUAUACAUAUAUAAUUUACAGAGGUAUCAAGAGUUUUACUAUAUAAUGUAUUAAACAAUUUAUUUUCUAUUUUCUAUGUAAUCCCCUAAUUUGUUUUCUUGUCCUUGCCCACCUAAAUUUGUCUUCUGUACAAAAGCAUGUAACUAUAAAUCAUUGUUCAGCAGUAAAAUAUAUGAAUAAAUCUGGUGCUGGAAUGGUAGAAGUUAAAUAUCACCAUAUUCAUUAGGCACAUCUGUUACUUUUUAUUUGUAUUAAAACUUGACAGGAAAUUAAUGUAAAUGUAGCACCUAAUUUGGAUGUCCACAUCAUAUUAAAUUCAACAUCUUUUGCUACAUUAGUUUUUAAGGAGUUUAUUUUAAAUACCCUCUUGUUUAUAUUAAAUAAUGGUAAGUCAACACUCCAGAGACAGUUAUUCAGAUAUACUUGGCUAACCUAGUAGAAUAACUUUACUUUAGAAAUGUCUGUAGGGAUAUACCUCCUCGCAUUGUUGAUUUGAUUAGUGGAGACCAGGGUUCACUGUGACUAUGAAAAGGGAUAUCAGAAUUUGAAAAAUUAUACUGUUUUCUAGAAGGUUUUUUUUUAACCAUGGCAAUGUAGCCACAAUUCUUGAUAAACGGCAGAAUGAAGGGUAGGACUUUAUGUGUUUUUAAUUUUUUGCCUGAUGAAAAAAAAAAAAUUAUGAAAGUUAUUCAAGAUUUGUUUACAUUGCUUUGUGUGUGUGUGUGUGUGUGUGUGAGUGUGUGUGUGUGUGUGUGUUCAAAUGCUUCUCAAAUUACCAACAUUUAAGAUUAAAAACACAUUUAUCCAUUAAUUUAAGAUAUUCAGGUCAGAGUUUUCUGUGCAGAAUUUCCCUUUGUAACAAAUUAUGAUACCAUGACCACAACCAAAGAAUUGUCACUUUUAUUUUAUUGUUUUGAUUUGUUUUAAAAACUGGGAUGGGGUUGAUUCCAAUUGUAUAUGAUGGUAGGAUUUGUGUUAAGAGUUAUAUAUCUUCCAAAAAAAACUUAGUAAAAAUAUGAAUAUUGCCACGGAUAAAUGAAAAGUAAAUGAUCACAUAUAUUUUGUAUAUUUAAAUGACUGCGCUUCUUAAAUUUGAAAGCAUGAGCAUUCUUUAACAAUCAUUUUAGUAUUCUUUGGGGGAAAAGUGUGUUUUUUGACAUUACUGUCAUAUUGGCUUUCCUUUUUAAAAGAUAUUGACAGCAAUGCUAUAAUGCUGGUCAAUAAAACCAAAUAUAAUAGAAUUUCAUACUUUUUUGUAAUCUAUAUUGCUAAAUCUUGAGUAAUGCUUUAUCAGUGUAGUUCCUUUCAAGCCUUUGAGAUAUUUUAAAGAUAAUUUUAAUAAUUUAUAGCUAAUGUAUAUUUUGAUGUCCAAACUCAGAAUUCUGUACAAGAUAAGGAAAAAGGUAAGUGUUUGUAUUUACAUGUGUGAUUGAAUAUGCAGAAAAUAUUUGCAAAAGCAAAUUAAGAGUAAGAGGAUUUUCCAUAAUUAUAGGAAGUUAUGAAAAAGUCUUUAGCACUUCAAGAUAAUUUCUGUCCCUCAAAUUCAUCAACUGUUUGUUGUUUAAAAUCCAACCACCACUGGCUUAUAAAAAUGAAAACUUUUAUGAAAACACAUUGAUUUAAUGAAAAUGUUCAUGAUUUUAGCUGUUUACUAUUUACUUAAGUAAAUCAUACCACAGAGAUCCAAUCAAAUCAAACUGAAGAGAUGUAGUUCUUUUUUAAAGUUAUAUUUAGGAUCAAAGUAGUAAUCCUUGUUAUAACCUUAAAACAUAUUGAGGAAAUAAUUGCUAAAGAAAAUAUUAAUAUACUUGUAACUUUUUAUGUAAUCUCUUUUAAGCAUGAAGGAAAAUUGGCAUUAUAUAUAAAACUUGACAAAUGGUCAAGCAUACAUUUUUGAUUUUAAUGGAUCUACUGUUGUGUCCAACAAGAUUUGAUUCUCCUUUCUAACUUUUCUAGUUUCUUAGGUUAAGAUACAUAUUUCCAUGUAAUUUUUAACCAAGCCCAAUUCAAAAGUGAUGCAAUUGAAUGAUAUGAAAAAUGACAUCACUGUGAUUUAAAUCCUGAUAUUUUCAGGAUUAUAUGCCUAUGAAAUUGAUGAUUGUAUGUACCUAAUCAAAUCCAAUGAGCAUUUAUUAAUCAAUGAGCAUAUGCAAUAAGCAAAGCACUGUGGUGGAUGCCAAAGACAAAACAAAAACAAAAACAAAUAAAAGAAAAACUACCCUUGUUAAUUAAGAUUAACAUUGGAAGGGAAUGAGUUUGUGUAAAUAAAGCUUUCAUUAAAUGAUUUGCUUUUUUUUUUUUUUUUAUUUGAAGCUGAAGAGAAUGUUAGUAGACAAGAUUAAGUGGAAAGACAACCUAUUGAGAACCAGAAAAACAAAUUAUGGAUCUGAUCUGAUAAUUGAAAGCAAAACACUAAAAUUCUCUAACACUUGAUUGAUCUGGUUCAUUAUCUUCCUGAUCAAAUCAGGCAUGACAUGGUCAUCAAGUUAUUUUGCUACAGCCUACUAGUUCAGCUCCAAGUCUCAUUGGUAGUCUCAUUGAUCGUCAGGGAGAUGGAUUUUCUGCAUAUAGAUUUCCUCAGUAGAGAUAAAAUGAAAUUUUUGAAGUGAAAGUGAGUCAAAAAAAGGACAAAAAAACCAAUUCAAUAUGAGAAUACUAUCACCUAUAUAGAGAAAGCAUAUCAGUGUAUUCCCUGGCAUAGAGUUUCUU